CGAGAACGCACUACUGUCUUGUGGGCAUGGCGCACCAAAUGGACCUGAGUGUGCAGCAGGAAUUGCGCAAGCUCCCUGGCAACAACAAAUGCGUGGAUUGUGACGCACCGUACCCGCAGUGGGCAACGGUCUCCUACGGCACAUUCAUGUGCCUGGAAUGCUCUGGCCGUCAUCGAGGCCUUGGCGUGCACCUGUCCUUCGUGCGAUCUGUGUCCAUGGACUCGUGGACGGACAAGCAGAUCCGCUUGAUGCAGUUGGGCGGGAACGAUCAUUUUCGAAGUGAAUUCGACAAAGCCGGGGUUCCCAAGACCUUGAGCAUUGCCCAAAAGUACAACACACCUCAAGCCGAAGCCUUCCGUAGCCGUUUGAAUGCGCUGGUGGAGGGCAGCACGCCUGCGCCACUGCCUCGAUGGGAUCCAACUUCGCUGCCGAACGGCGGUGGCGCUAAUGCCAGUGGCGGCGACACGAACGGCGUUGAAGCAUUGAAGGGCGAAACCGAACAGGAUUAUGUUGCCCGCCAACUUCGCCUGCGGGAAGAUGCGCGAGCUCGCAUGGCCGCCAAGUUUGGUUCUGGGGGCAUGCAAGGCAUUGGGAGUGGCGGCGCGACGUCUUCGUCCAGCAGCAGCGGCGGUGGUGCCGGGGGUGGCUACGGCGACGUCACGAGUUCUCUGGGGUCUGCGUUCAGCAUGCUCUCCACCACCGUGACGUCGGCGGCGACGUCCGCGGCCAGCCUGGUCAAGAACCCCGAGCUGGCCAACACGGUCACGUCGUCGUGGAACUCUGUACAAGCCAAACUGACAGACCCGGAGCUCACGAAUUCGGUGAAAUCCACGGCCUCGUCGAGCUGGUCGUACCUGACGUCCACUACGUCGUCGUUGCUCAAGAACGCGCAGUCGUAUGUCGACCCGAACGCCGCCACCUCGUCGGGCAACUCCAACGGGGGGCUCUUCUUCCCGCGCACAAACCCAAACCUGCCUGAAACCACCAAGUACGAAGGAAUUGGCGCGUCUCCGUCGACAUUCCACCGGCCUGCCCCUGCUCGAACACCAUCGUUUGACAGCCUCCCGGUCCCUCCUGCGCCGCCGACAUCGACGUCGUUCCAAGCGCCGGAACCAUUAGCGGCGGCGGCGUCGUCGGCGCCUCGAGCCCCCGUGACUGCUGCGCCGGCCCCCAAAAAAGAAACGAAAAAAGACGUGGAUUUUUUCGGUGAAUUUGGAAUGUAAUCAUUAAAAUAAAAAAUGUGUUUGUCCCCCA